GUUACGUUAUUUGACAGUGUGACCAGCUCAUUCCGCAAACAGCUGCUUUUGUUUACGCCGCAUUAUUAUCCAACAAAUUUUCCGAUGUUUUGCGGCAAGAGUUUAGUCAAUAAUUUCUACAAAUAUAAGAGAAAGAUGUGGCAGAAUGUAGUCCCAAUAAUACAGCGUGGCAAGGGAACUUACCACCCACUAAAAAUUCUCUUUUUCGGCACCGAUUACUUUUCCUUGCCCAGCUUACAGGCGCUACACAAAAACUGCGGUGACCACUUGGGAGUUGUUACCUCCUUCAAAAAUCCCGCCAACUGUGUGAGGACCUAUGCGGAAAAGGAGAAGCUUCCCCUGCAAAAGUGGCCCAUAGAUCCAUCUGUGUGUCCUAAGUUUGACCUGGGCGUCGUGGUUUCCUUUGGCCACCUGAUUCCUGCUAAUAUCAUACAUGGAUUUCCUAAUGGAAUGAUCAAUGUUCAUGCUAGUCUAUUGCCCAGGUGGCGAGGAGCUGCUCCCAUCAUAUAUGCGAUCAUGAAGGGAGAUGCCAUCACUGGGGUUUCCAUCAUGAAAAUCGAACCUCACCGGUUUGAUAUUGGUGCAAUUUUAGCUCAGCGGGAGGUGGCGAUUGAGCCCAAUGUCUUCAUGCCGGACUUGCACGCAUCUUUGGCGUCGUUAGGGGCAGAUUUACUAGUGGAUACGGUUAACAACCUGUCAGUACGACUUAAGGAAGCCAAACCCCAGGAUAGUACAAAGACCAGCUAUGCUCCCAAGAUCACCAGUAAAAUAACAGAAGUCAAUUGGUCGGAGCUGAGUGCCCUUGACAUAUACACGCGUCAUAGAGCUUUGUUUGGCUACAAAAACCUUACCACCAGCUUUUUGAGCAAGCAAGUGCAGCUGCUAGAGGUGCGAUUACCGGAAAAGGAACUUCCAUUCCAAGAACCUGGUGCUAUCAGCUACCUGAGGAAGGCGAGAUCCCUGGUAAUUGGAUGUGCUCAGCACAGCCAGUUGGAGGUGCUUCAAUUACGCGUAGAAGGUAGAAAACCUAUGAGUGCGCAGGACUUUAACAACGGCUUCCUAAAGCAAGCAAGGUCUUUAUCUUUUACGGCGAAUAAACUAGCAUCGCUUUGAUAACGAA